CAAUUUUUUUUUUAUCUUUAGAUGGAGAUUUUGUAUUGAUAAAUAUGAAAAUUUCGGUGUAGUUGCGGUUAUCGAUGGAAAUAAGUUGCUAUUAACUGAUUUCAAGCAGAAUAUUAUACCCCCACCAAAGUGCAAUAGAAUACUGCAAUUAGAUAAAAACAUUAAUGCGUGUACAAUAAUUCUAGUAGAUCAAAAACUAUUAUUAUGCGUUUAUGACGUCAAUGAAGAUAUGACUAUAUUUAAUUCAAAUAUUUCGAAACCACUAAAUUUUGAUGAGCAUUCAAAAUAUAUUGCAUCUCCAGAAUUAUGUGGUCCACCUGCAGUAUGGGGGAACUUCUUAUUCCUCGGUGAUGGUACAAUAGUAACAAAUAAGUCAUAUAAUUCCCAAUCAGUUAUGCAGCUUAUGAAGCUCGAUAGUGUACUUACCCAAUAUAUACCCUUAAGCAAAUUUGUAUUAUCUGCAAAAAUAUAUUCAAUGGCUGAUGCUGGAAAUAAAAUACUGCUUGCUCAAGCAGAUAAUGCAGAAAUAUUUAAAUUUAUAAUAACUAAAGAAAACACAAUAGAAUUUGUGCAGGCAAAUAAGCAGUCAGGUCCAGUAGUGGAUCAACUCAUCGUAGGUGGAUCAAGGAAUAAUAGCAUCAAUACUACAAUUGCAUGGAAAACAAAUCAUAAUCUUUUUAUUAAUGAAGAGCUUUAUUUUAAUGACGUUACUUCGUGUUGUGUCAUUGACAAUUAUUUAAUUUUUACCAAAUUAACCACAAUGUAUUUCUGGCAUUUAAAGCAGAAAAAAACUAUUGCUGAACGUAAAAUUGAACGUGGAAGUAAAAUAAUAACCACUGUCUUUGACAGUGGACGCGUGGUUCUACAGUUGCCACGUGGAAACAUAGAAACCGUUGUCCCACGUAUACUAUCUUUAGGCAUAGUGUCUAAAACUUUAAACCAAUUGAGCUAUAAGAAUGCUAUGGAAAUAGUACGGAAAGAGCGCAUUAAUUUGAAUAUUAUUUCCGAUAAUAACAUUGAAUUGUUUUUAAAUAAUUUGGAGUUAUUUUUGAACCAGAUUGACAAUCCAGACUGGUUGUGUUUGUUCUUAAAUGAUUUAAAAAAUGAAGACUUCACCAAAACCGUGUACAAAUUUUAUUAUUUCAACGCUCAACAAAUGUAUCCAGAAAACUUCCAAAUAGAAAAGAAAGUAGUAAAUAUAUGCGAGAAAUUGCUUAGUCUAAUGGAGGAAAGUAAGAACAAAGCAUUUUUUUUGCCUAUACUGAGUGCAUAUGUAAAAAUUGGAAAGGUGGAGAAAGCUUUAGCUCAGGUUUGGAAACAAAAAUAUAUUGAAAAUUUAAAUACAGACACUGCUGAUAGUUUAGCUGAUAAGGGUUUACAGCAUUUAAUACAAAUCGUAAAUGUUGAUGAACUAAGCGAUAUAGCACUUGGAACAUACGACAUUGGUUUAGUAGUUUAUGUACUUCAAAAGUCACACAGUGAUCCUAAAGAAUUUUUGCCAUUUUUCAAUGAAUUAAAAAGUUACGACACAAAUUAUCGUUGUUAUAAAAUUGAUGAGCAUCUGAAACGCUAUCAAAAGGCAUUGAAAGGUAUAACAGCAUGUGGUGAAGCAAAGCUUGAUGAAGCAUUGGAGUUCAUUAAAAAACACAACUUAUAUGCUCUUGCCCUUAAGUAUUAUGAAGCUCAUCCAAACUGCUAUAAAAGUACUUGCCUAGCUUUUGGAGAUUAUUUAAGGACGAAUAAUAAAUUGAAAGAUGCUAGCAUUAUGUACGAACGUGGAGAUAGUAAUAUGCAAGCUUUUUUGAGUGCAAAAAAUAUUUUGGAUUGUGGACGUGUAUUGUUCUUAGCUAAAAAAAAUGGAGCAGAUAUAGCAACUGUUGCACUUUCGUUAGUUCCAUUGCUAAUGGAAAAAGGAAGAUAUGAUGAAGCGUAUGACUUACAAAAAUCUUAUGGUAAUAAUAUUAUUGAUGGCGUUAAAAUAUUAUUAAAAGGAAAGAUUUACAAUAAAGCCAUUUGCGAGGUUCGCUUGUUCCAAGCUGAUAACAAUGAUAUUAAUUUAAUAGAUUCUUUGGUUUUACCCGAAUUACUAACACAUUUUCAAUUAUUGGAAGAAAAGUUAUUAGAAGACAAAAAAACUUUUGAAAAUUAUAAGGAGCGUUUACUAGAAAUACGUAAAAAAAAAUUGAAACAGCAACUAGAGGGCGAAGAUGCUGAUGAUGAUAAUAUUGAUGAAUGCGAUAUUAUUUCGGACACAACAAGUGUUUCACGUUUUACUAACUCUUCGCGUGGCACAGGCAAAACAUUCCGCUCAAGCAAAAACCGUAGAAAACAUGCAAAAAAAGUGCUCAGUCUAAAACCGGGUAAUAAGUUCGAAGAUAUUGCAUUGAUCGAUGCGCUUUAUAAUCUCACUAUGAAGUUAGCUACGCACCAGCAAAUCGUUCAUGAUACUUGUGGAGCAUUAAUUGAACUACAACAAGAUACUGAUGCAUCAGCUUUGCAAGAACUAUAUAGAGAAAUUUUAGUAUUAAUAAAAAAUUCGUUAGACGAAAUUUGGAUACCGGAGUUAAUGACCGCAAAACAGUUACCUACAGGCCUAAAUAUUGAUUACGCAGAACUACAAAAUGAACAACGUUAUGCAAUGAUAGAACCUGUUAAACGCUUCAAACCAGAAUUAAAAAUCUUUGAUUGGGAGCAUGAAAUACUCCGUUUAAAUCCUUAAUCAUGUGUAGUUAGUAUUUAAGAUUACUAAUCAUGAAUUUAGUUAGUAUUUUUUUAUAUGAUAAUUAUAUAAAAAGUAAAAUGUGGAAAAGUAAUUUCACUUUCUAACAAUAUUAAUAAGUUAUGCAAAUUAAAAACAAAUCAUAGAUAAUGAUGUGUUUCGUUUAUGCUGGACAUGCGAUUUACUUUCACUAAAAUAAAUGAAAUAAUUAAUUGUAACAAACAAAUCUAUAUCAGCAUAAAGUAAUGGAAAUUAACCAAGCGUUUAAUAUACUUACUUAAACAUAAUAUUUAUUAAACAUGGGUCGAAUUGUAAGAAACACAAGCAAAACAAUUGCAGCAAUAUAGAUAACAAUUAAUAUAAAAAAGUUGUAAGUGUUUUUAUAAUAAGAGCUUCUUAACUGUGUUACAUUUUUGGGGCGUAUUAAAAAAUAAAAUAUGUACAUUAAUUUUGCUGAUUCAAUUGAAAAA